AUGGCAACUGAAGACCCCGGAGACGUCAUCUAUCUGUCUAGCGGCGACGAAGCCGAGGCCGAAGCUCAGGCCGCAGCUACAAAGAAGAGGUCCCUCGAAGAUGCAUCCGGCGCAAAGGAAGCCUCUUCAGCGCCCGAAGCUAAGCGCUUGAGGAAGAAUGGACCUGUUACGCGCUCCUCCGCGAGCAAAAACUUGUCAGAUGAAGAUCAGAAAUCUUCAAAUGGCUCGUUAAAUACUGGCGACACUUCCACUGGGGACUCCGUACCUGGAGGUUCAGAUAACAUUCCCGACUUCAAGCAUUUGGAAUGGAGCUUCAAGUUACCCGACACUUCCGACAACAAGAGCGGCUCCUGGCUCAAAAGAUUCCAGGUCUGGGUCAAAGCAUUUGUGAAGACGAAUUCAGCCAUAAGUCAAGGUAUCGAUGUGCACGUAGCUGAGGCUGCUUACGCUUGGUACAUUGAUCACCUCAAAGGAAUAAAACCGAAGAAGAAAAAGAGUGCUAAGCAAAUCGCGAAAGAGUUUGAAAGCACUGGCGAACUUGAUGCUCUUCUCAAAAAUAUCCUACCCAAGGGGCCUGGACCCAAUCAGCCGACCUUGGACACUUGCGUCAAGAAACAACCCAGCAAGGAACCCGUUCAUGAAGGCAAACGCUCUCGCGGUUCUAGUCACAACUGA